ACAAAAGUGCGCGCGCGCUUCACAAAGAAAUACAAAUAAAACUAUUGAUUUUGAAUUGUUUUUCCAACGAUUUGUGCUGCUGGUGCUGCUCUGCUGCUGCUCUGCCCAUAUUUAAAUGCCAUUGGCCAGGAAUGGCUGCGUCCAGUCCCGCAAUCUGUCAGUUAGCCAGCCAUCCAGCCAGCCAAUGCUAAAUAAAUAUAUUAGUUUUAAUGCCAAAAUAUUUUUUGGAACUAUUUCUCUUCGUGCGGUUUUGCGUAGUUUGUGACGUCCAACCACUCGUGCGAUUUUUGAUAUAUCUAUAUAUAUUCUAUGUAGCUGCGUGCGAGCUUAUGUGAGGGAGUGAUUGUGUGUGAGUGUGUGUGCGCGGGUAGCCACAAUAAUUAUUGUAAAACUAAACAAAAUUGUUCAUUUCAAAAUACAAAUUCGCUACCAAACUGCGCAUUUCAUCUGUAAUUUGCCAGCUUUGAAUAAAUACUUGAAAACAAACCAAUUGAAAAUUGACAAUUGCGCAAUUGCAGUGGAUUUUCGAAAAUUUACAUAAACUAGCGCUACUUUAAAGUGUUUCUUCUAAAGCAAGGAUUAAGCAAUCGCUGUAAAUAGGCAGACAUGGCCAUUUCGGACUUCCAGACUUCGUCCACCACAAAGACAACAACGCUCACCACUCCGGCCAAACUAUAUGGCAAGGAUCUGAGCGAAUAUGAUGAUGUGGAUGUGGAGAGCCUGUUGGCACAACUCUCGCCCGAGGAGAUAACCAUACUGGCCAAAGAAGUUGAUCCAGAUGACAACUUUCUGCCACCGAAUCAGCGCUGCAGCUAUGAGUGCACUAAGGAGUCCACCGGGCCGCUGAAUCGCAAACAGCUCAUUGAGCACAUUAACAAACAGGCCAUUGAGACCCCGGAUCAGCCCGAGUUCGAGCCAUUUGUGCAGGGCACAGUGCGUGGCAAGAAAUGGGUGCCACCACCGAGGGACUCACGCGAACUUGAGGUCGAGGAACAGAUUGCCAUUGACUUGGGUGAUGAAUAUGAGCACGCCUUGAAUGAUGCCACACAGGAGGAGAUUAUCGAUUUGGCUGCCAUUCUUGGCUUCCACUCGAUGAUGAAUCAAGAUCAGUACCAUGCCUCGCUCCUCAACAAGGGUCAGCCGGUGGGCACGGGCUGGGAUGGCAUCACAAAGUCCACACAGCAAAAGCUCUUUCCUGUGGAUCCACCCAAUAGCACAGACGUGGAGGAGUCGAUUAAACGCGUCAAGGACGACGACAACAAAUUGAUUGACUUGAAUUUGAAUAACAUUAAGAAUAUAUCCGAUGAGAAACUCGAACAACUCUUUAACGCACUGCCUCAAAACGAACAUCUGGAAGUUCUAUCGCUUACAAAUGUCGGCCUAACUGAUAAGACAGCUCUCCUGCUCGCCGAAGCGAUUGAGAAAAGCAAAACCCUGAGAGUAUUAAACGUUGAAACCAAUUUCAUCAGUCCGCCCGUUAUAGUUAGACUGGUGCAAGCCCUGCUUAAGUGUCAUACCAUCGAGGAGUUCAGGGCCUCUAACCAGCGAUCUACUGUGCUGGGCAACAAGAUCGAAAUGGAGAUCACCGACUUGGUGGAAAAGAACCCAUCACUACUGAGACUGGGCUUGCAUCUGGAGUUUAACGAUGCACGUCAUCGUGUGGCCGCACAUUUGCAGCGCAACAUCGACAGAAUUUUCCGCGUGCAAAAGACCAAACCCAAUUUGCCCAAAUUGAUACUGCCCGGUAAUAUGGAAAUCGAACGCGAACUGCUGCACUUAGGCGUCUCCACACCUUCGCCAUCACCUUCACCAUCGCCACAGCCACCGGCCGACUACGAUGUGGAGGUGGAUCCCGAUAACAUGGUGAUACGCGGCAGGCCCUCGCCUUCGCCUUCCCCAUCGCCCCAGCCACCGGUCGACUAUGAUGUCGAGGUAGAUCCCGAUAACAUGGUUAUACGUGGUGGUGGUGGUGGUGGCGAUGCCUACGAUCCUGAAUAUGAUCCCGAGUUCGAUCCCGAUAAUGUGGUGGUGCCGGGCAGUCGAGCCGAGACGCCGAACUACGACGACGUCUACGAGGGCGUCUAUCAAGCGCACACUAAGAAAAGAUCUUGAAUUGCGCCUGAAGUUCAGAUUUUUCAAUAAUCUGCAUAGAAAAUCAACAAGAAUUCAAUAAGAGAAAUGGCCAACUAAAAACAAAAUUAAUCCAAAGAAAAGUAAAAAAACAAAGAAAGAAAGAAAGCAACUAAAAUAAUUUUCUAAAGCGUUUUGAGAUUUCAAAGAAACAAAACUACAAUUUCAACAAUUUUAUAAAAUGAAAAAUGUAAAAAUAUAAAAGGAAAGCUUCACAUGUUGCAGCUAUCAACAUAUGUUAGAGAGACUAAAACCAAAACAUAAACAAGAAAUAUAAUAUAUAAAAUAUACCUACAUAUAUAUUUAUAAUGCGCAAAACGAACAACUGAUACAUAUAUACCUAUAUAUACAACACCCACGAUAUAUAUAGAGAUAAAAAAGAAAUGAAACUGAUUUACGAGAAAACGCAAGGCAUCUAACACAGCAACAAACUUUAGGUGUAUAAUUUUCUUUAAUACUUAACACAGGAAUUAAACUGCGAUGUACAUUUUUAAGUAAGAACCAAAACCAAAGAGCAGCAAAUGCGAAUAACAGUAAACACUUGAUAUACUGAUAAAAAAUGAAUAACCAAGCGAAUAAAUGAAUCAAUAAAAAAAUAUGAAUGCAAAUAUUUAAACAAUGAAUGAACUUGCAAAUGCAAGCACUUGAGACAGAGACAGCAAUUGUUUUAUGUGUUUUUAUAAUUCAAUAAAGAACAACAAAAGCAGUGCAAACUACAAAAAACAAAACAACGACAAAAUGUAGCACAACUUUCGGCGCCAAACCCCAUGAAUAAAUAUCUAGCGAAACAUACGUGUGAAACGCCUGAAUCAACGUAAAUAAAAAGACAAACCAGCAGCAAUAAAAUCGCAACGCUCUUUUUACCACCAACACCACCACAAUCAACCAACAACAAUUUCCGUGUCUGUGUAUUUUUGUUAAAGUUUUUUUUAUUCUACUAAUCACCACUACAAGAACGUGCUAUUCCUCAAAAUCUUAAAUGUUAAACACGCCCUCUGUGUACACGCAACAACUACAACACCAAGCCCAACAACAACAACAACUACUACUACUACAACAACAAAUUUGACACCAAAACUACCCAGCAAGCAACCAUCCGACCUAUAUGUACCGCCCUGAACCAGCCGCAGACUAACAACGAAGAAUGAUGUUGAUGUGCAUUGGACGUCAGCGUCGCAUGGGACAUUUGACCAGGAACUACACCAUUGGAGUCUGGCAAUAGGCGAUGAUAACGACGAAAACGGCUACACAACAACAACAACAAGAAAUUUUGGAAUAUUUCGCGGCCGUUCGAUAACGAUAAUUCAUAAAUUGAAUAAUAUAACUGCAAUAGUCUAAACAAAUGUCACUUUUGUUGUUUCGCGAGAGAAUUGUUGGACAAUUUUCUCUGUUUAAUGUUUGUUGAACAUUUUGUGCCACGUUGAAGGCAUUGUGUUUUAUUAUUAUUUUUUACAUACGAGUACAUACAUAAAUAUGUAUAAUUUAAUCAUUUGUUCGUUGAAAGUUCUACAAGUUACGCAAAAUGUUAUUUGUUUGUCACACACAUACACAGAGGGUAAGGCAGAGAUGCGUUUUUAAUACUUAAUUCAAAUGAAAUUGGGCACACCGAGGAAAGUUGAAAAUAAGAUCACAUUUAUUAUUUUAAAAAUGUAUUGAUUGUCCAAAUGAUUAUGUCCUUGUUAAGACUUGAAGUUAAUUGGCAAAAAUAUAAUAUCGCUCCCUUCUAUACAAAUGCACGGCACAAGAAACUAAAUUUGUUUGUUUUGGGCAAAGCUUCAAAAACAAAAUGCAUCUUUCCUUAAAAAUAAAAAAAAACUGAAGAAGUUUGUCGACUUUACGCGGCAAUUUCACACGCACUUUUACACGAUUUCAUUUCACCUAAUUUCUUUAAUUUUAAAUAUCUAUAUUUUAAAUAUUGUGUACCUAAUGGAAGGCGUUUGGUACGCGAGGUGCCGAGGCAGGAAACAGGAUGAAGGAAUGAGAGAAGAAGAGCUAAAUGCUUGUGUUUAUAUACAUCUACCAAUAAAUAAUAUCGCAUAUUUAUAUAUGAUACAUAUAUAUAGCCAUGGUCUCUGAAACAAUUCACUGCUAUAUUGAAUUAUAAAAUUGCUUAAACAUAAUAUUAAAUCUAUGAUUAAUUUAAUAAAGAAACAAAAACAUUUGUAUAAUGUAA